CCCCGCCCACGCGGCUAUAUAUAUACCAGGAGGGCUCGCACCCCCCGCCCACGCCCGCACGCAUCGUUACUCUCCCGGAUCGGCGCUGUCUCCUCUCCUCGCGAGUAGGCGACGACGGCGAGGUUGCCGAUCGAUCGCGGCAGCGCCGACUUCGUAGCAAGAUCUCUACGCGGCGCGCCGGCAUCGCGAUCUCUUCAGGUAUUCUGAAUUGUGUACGAUCAGCCCGAUCGUGAACAGAUGGCGAACAAAUUCGACAACGAAGCCAAUCAAUUUGAGGACGAAGAAUUUGACCAAGAUGACGACGACGACCUCGGUGAUUUCAUCGUGUAUAGCGAUGAAGAAGAUGCUGAGAUGUCGAAGCACAAGCAUCAGCGGCAAGCGGAGUUGGAGGAUGACAUUGAAGAGGAAGUGGAAGAGGAGGUUGAGCAAGUAGAGGAGAUUGAGGAGGAGGAAGAAGAGGCUCCAGUUGGGCAGCAAGAGAUACUUAGCCUGAGGGAGCAGUUAAAGGAGGAAAUUAGGAGGAAAAAUGCUGCAAUGGCUGCUGGCACCUCCAAGGCUAGCUGUUCAUCAUCUGUGAAUCAGAUGAUAAUGCCACCGGCGAAGGACGGAUAUGGCACCUUCUUUGGUCCAUCAAAGCCAGUGCUUGCUCGUCGAGUCAUUGAAGAAGGAUGCUCAUCGAUCAUGAAAGAACGACAAAACGUGCCAUCCAGAAAAGGUGGCCAAUUGGUUUCAAAGGUGCAACCUGGCACAGUUGAGAAUCUGCAGAAGCCAAAGUUUGUUAGUGAGGAGAAAAGAAAGGUUGAUGCACUUCGUGAGAACCGAGAUUACUCAUCUUUGUUCUCUGAUGAUGCUGAUACUCCACAACCUACAAAAGAGCAAUCUGACAAUAGGCCGCCUCUCCUUGAUCCCAAAUCUGAGUCCCAUGUUCCUGGGCCGAUGAAUUCUGCUGGUAUGAGCAGGGCUUCCUUUCAGGCUCAUGUCCAUAGUAAGGCAGGGUCUCCUGGGAAGGACCCUCUUGGAGACAGAAAAAGGAUGAUUGCUGCUGGUAUAAACGGGUCCAACCUGCCUAACAUGAAGAAGAAAACUCCAGGGUUGAUGAAGCCAUCCUCCAAUAGCCAAAAGCUACAGCCGUCAGUGCAGAGCAAGAAGCCGCAGGCGUCAAUUCCUGGCCAGAGGCAGCAACAGCUGGCAUCCCAGGGCCAGAGGAUGCAGCAUCAGUUGCAGAUUCAGAGACCGCAAGGCAAUGGCCGUCAGCAAUCCUUGCAAGGUCGAAGGCCUGAUGAAUCUGUACAAGGUCAGCAUAUUGGACAUAAUGGAUCGGCUGUGCUCCAUGGGAGAUCGAAAUCAGAACAAAAGCUGCUCGGUCCUUCCUCAAAACUCAAGGCACAUCGUCCAGUGGAAAAACGUGCAGUGAAAAGAAAAUCAGAUGAUGGAAUGGGAAACUAUUCAUCCAUUAUCAGAAAAAUAUUCAAGUACAAUCCUGAAAAAUUUAUUCCUGGCGGAGAUGAAGAUGACCGUGACAUGGAAGCUGAUUUUGCUAGUAUAGAGAGGGAAGAGAGACGAAGCGCGGCACUUGCGAGGAAAGAGGAUGAGGAGCAGCUCCGGCUGAUCCAGGAAGAAGAGAGGCGCGAGCGCGCGAUGAAGAAGAAAAAGGUAGCACACAAGGAAUAGGAAAAGCAGCGGGGCAGAAAAAUGGCCCUGCCAAGCGUAGGGAUAGGUCCUAGAUUGUGGCCGGGUCGGCAUACGCCUUUCUAAGCCUGCUCCGAAGAACUGCACAAAAUUUCAAACUUAGCACUUUUCAGACUAAAGGUUAGGUUUUUGCCUUAUUGGUAUGUGAGUUAAUUGGCCGUGUGGUUCUGAUUCCGGGUUUAUUCGCUGUGCGUGUGUUGGUGUUGCCACAAAAUUCUAGCGUGUAUGCAGCACACUGCUGGGCCAAGGCCCAAGGAUGCACA